UUUUCUUCCUUCCCGCAUUCGGGAGCCGCGGCGCUCGGUGUCUCCUGCGUCUCCUGUUACCAGAGGCCCCGCGCCCGCAGGUUUCCAGAGUGCCCCCGGUCUCCACCAAGCUCCCUAAAAUCCCAGCGGAGAGCGCCGCUUUCCUCUGUCCCCCGGCGCCAUGGCCGCCACCGACGUGUCCACCAACCUCCAGGAGGAGGCCACCUGCGCCAUCUGCCUCGACUACUACACAGACCCGGUGAUGACAGACUGUGGCCACAACUUCUGCCGCGAGUGCAUUCGACGCUGUUGGGGCCAGCCCGAGGGCCCAUACGCUUGCCCCGAGUGCCGUGAGCUGUCCCCGCAGCGGAAUCUGCGGCCCAACCGUGCUGUCGCCAAGAUGGCCGAGAUGGCGCGGCGCCUGCACCCGCCGUCACCUGUCCCGCAGGGCGUGUGCGCUGCGCACCGGGAGCCGCUGGCGUCUUUCUGCGCUGACGAGCUGCGCCUGCUGUGCGCGGCCUGCGAGCGCUCCGGGGAGCACUGGACGCACCGCGUACGCCCACUGCAGGACGCAGCCGAGGACCUCAAGGGCAACCUGGAGAAGUCCCUGGACCACCUACAGAAGCAACUGGAGGACGCACUGCUGUUUCAGGCCCAGGCAAAGGAGAUCUGUGUACUGUGGCAGAAGAUGGUAGAGACCCAGCGGCAGAACGUGCGCACAGAGUUUGAGCGGCUGCGCUGCCUGCUGGUGGAGGAAGAGCAACGGCUGCUGCAGAGGCUGGAGGAGGAGGAGCUGGAGGUACUGCCCCCGCUGCAGGAGAGCGUUGCACGCCUUGGGCAACAGAGUGCCCAGCUAGCCGAUCUUGUCACCGAGCUGGAGGGGCGCUGCCAGCUGCCAGCACUGGGGCUGCUACAGGACAUCAUGGAUACCCUGCACAGGGUCCAGGAUGUGAAGCUGCAGCCGCCCGAGGUGGUGCCCAUGGAGAUGAGGACAGUGUGCAGGGUCCCAGGGCUGGUGGAGGCCCUGCGGAGGUUCCAAGGAGACAUAACACUGGAUCCUGACACUGCCAACCCUGAGCUGGUCCUGUCGGAGGACAUGCAGAGUGUGCGGCGAGGGGACCUGCGGCAGCCCCUGCCUGACAGCCCUGAACGCUUUGACCCCGGGCCCUGCGUACUGGGCCGGGAGCCCCUGAGCUCUGGCCGCCACUACUGGGAGGUGGAGGUGGGCGAGCGGGCCAGCUGGGCUCUGGGUGUCUGCAGAGAGAAUGCCAACCGCAAAGAGAAAGGCGAGCUCUUCGCCGGCAAUGGGUUCUGGAUCCUGGUGUUCCUGGGUGGCUCCUACAACUCCUCUGAGCGAGCCUUUGCCCCCCUGCGAGACCCACCCCGGCGUGUGGGCAUCUUCUUGGACUAUGAGGCUGGGCACCUGGCAUUUUACAGCGCCACUGACGGGUCACUCCUAUAUGCCUUCCCCCAGACACCUUUCUCAGGGACAUUGCGGGCCCUCUUCUCACCACUGUCCAGCAGCCCUACCCCCAUGACCAUCUGCCAACUCAAGGCAGGGCAUGGGGAUAGGAUGGCUCCCUAGUAAACAGGCCUCUCAGGACUUUGUCCUGCCUUUGGCUCUCCAAGGGUGUCCUGAGCCAUGCACGAGUUCCCAGUGCUGUCUUGCGUGCAUAGUAAACCCCCUCUCUAGUUCCCAGGAAGCUGUGUGCAAAUGUGCAGGGCUUGUGACAUCUUCCAGGGGACCCUCUGUGGCCAUCCUGUGUUGAGACCCCCAUCAGCGGUACAGAGCCUGACCAAGGGUCCUGGGAGCUCUGCACAAGCCCAGCUCGUCAGAGGUGAGGCACCAGGGCCUGUGGAACUUUCUGGGGCUUCAGCCUGAGCCUUUAACAGCCCCAGGGCUGCACCUGCAGAGAGCUGCUAUACUGUGAGGCUUCAGACUGGGAGGUGAACCAACAGUCUCAGGGUCUGGUCCUAGAAAAUAAUGCUGGGUGUGGCUACCUCAUUAAUCAAGAUGCAUCAGUCCUCAGGAGAGGAGGGGACGUGGGAAAAGCCAGGGAAAGGGCACUUGGAAGAAAAGAUGCUGCACAAGGGGGCUGAAGACCUUGGGUGCAGGACCUCAAGUCCCCCCCCAGCAUGGACUACCCCAGGCUCUUGCAGUGUGCUCCUUUCUGCCUCAGAGCUGAGCACUAGAUCAGGAAAGGUGCUCUGGCCCUGCCUGGGGAAGGUGUGAGGCUACACACACUUCUCCCUCACAGAAUCGGGGAUUUGUUUUGGCUUGUUUCGGUGCUGCUUCACACGAAGACGUGGUGCAGUAUCUCUGCACUCCAAGAUGAUUUUACCUGUUGUAAGGACUAUUUUCACAGUACAUAAACACGUCUUGUCUGUGAUCCCACUGUCUUAAGGAGGGGGCAGGAGAGUCUAUGGCCAAGACCAGCAGUCAUAGCGCAGCUGGGGACACAACAGCUGCCUGGUCAUUUCAUGCAGCUACCACAGAAUUCUUUUUUUGAAUAACCUGGUUGAAAAUUCUACGUUCCAUGGUGUGCAAUAGCUAAUUCCUCGAUUAUUUAUUUACUGUUUCUCCCAUUGGACUUUUAUUUUAUGUAUGUAUAUGUAUGUAUGUUCAUAAUUCAUUCAAAUUACAUAUAUGGAAGGUUUUUCUCUGUGGAGCCAGGAGUCUGCCACUUUUCUGCCUCGGGAAGUUUCCCCUUCUCCCACCCCCCCAAGUUCACUGCCCAUAUCUUUCACUCCCUUGGACCUCGGAUGGGGUUGAGAAUCUGAGGAUACUGGUUGGUUCCUGCCUGGAGCAAUAUUUGGACUUUAAAGUUGGGGACUUCCCAAAUGGCUACUGGAACCCACCCAUGAGGUGGGACAACCACAGGGUGAGAGCUCAUAGGAGCAUAUGACCACCUGGGAACAGCAGGCUGGACACCUAGGCUGUGGCCUCGGAGCAAAGCUGAACAACCGUGUGAGGGGAGGCAAAUACUCUCUACCCAUGUGAUCCUUGUUUGUGGCCCUGUAAUAAAAGAUCAAUGAGAAGAA